AUGGGGAUGAGGAACAUUAAUCCUAAUGAAGGUUUAAUGAAUGGGACAAGAUUGCAAAUUACAGAAGUUAUGGAUUUUAUGGUGCGAGCUACAAUCUUAACCGGUGACAAGGUUGGUGAAGAUGUUUACAUUCCUAGAUUGUUGAUCACUCCUACAGAUAAAAGACUUCCUUUCAAAAUGCGUAGAAGACAAUUGCCCCUAGCUGUUGCUUUUGCAAUAACCAUCAACAAGAGUCAAGGUCAAUCACUAUUUCAAGUUGGACUAUUCCUUCCUAGGCCAGUAUUUUCUCAUGGACAGCUCUAUGUUGCUAUUUCAAGAGUUACUUCUAAGAAAGGUUUGAAAGUUUUGAUUGUUGAUUUAGAAGGUAAGCCGCAAAAGAAGACUACUAAUGUUGUUUUCAAAGAAGUUUAUGAUAAUCUGUAA